AUGAAGUGUUACUACGAAGUCCUGGAAGUUCCUCGAGACGUCAGCGACGAGGAGUUAAAAAAAGCGUACCGUAAAUUAGCGCUAAAAUGGCACCCGGAUAAAAAUCCAACAAACCAGGUGACUGCCAAGGAACAAUUUCAAUUGAUCCAGCAGGCGUAUGAAGUUCUAAGUGACCCACAUGAGCGCGCGUGGUACGACAACCACCGGGAGGCGAUUCUAAAAGGCGGAAUUGGAGAGGAUUACAAAGACGACUCAAUAGAUUUGUUCCAGUAUUUUUCUCCGAGUUGUUUCAAGGGCUACGGUGACGACAAGAACGGAUUCUACUCAGUUUACCGGCACGUGUUUGAAGAGCUAGCUGCAGAAGAUUUAGAGUUUGCUGAAGAUGAAGAAAUUCCCGGGUUUGGAGACUCCAAAAGUUCCUGGGAGGAAGUAGUUCAUCCUUUUUACGCUUACUGGCAGAGUUAUUCAACUAAGAGGUCGUUUGCCUGGCUGGAUCCAUAUGACAUCAGGGACGUUCCUAACAGACAGUACUUGAGGCUGUGUGAGAAGGCCAAUAAAAAGGUACGGGACAAAGCCAAGAGAGAAAGGAAUGAGCAGGUGAGGAAUUUAGUCGCUUUUGUUCGCAAGAGAGACAAGAGAGUCCAGCUGCAUGCUCAGGAACUUGCUAAGAAAGCUGAGUUGAAUGCUAAGAAAGCUCAAGAAAGGUCGAUUCAGCAGCUGAUGGAGAGGAAGAAGCAGCUCCAGGAGCACAAGGAGUCUGAUUGGUGUAAAUUUUCUAAUAUUGAGGAUGAAUUGAAGACUAUUGAAGCUAAUUUAGCUGCUGAAUUUGGAGAUGAACUGUCUGGUGACUCGGAAGAUGAUAAUGAAGAAAGCGAGUCGGAUAUUUUGUACUGCGUUGCUUGUAAUAAACAUUUUAAAACGCCCAAGGCUUUUGUUAAUCAUGAGAACUCCAAGAAGCAUAAGGAGAAUGUUGCGGUUAUGAAGAAUGUUAUGAUGGAUGAUGAUAAAAUGUUUGAGGAUAAAAGCUCCAAGUCUACUUCGGAGGAAGAAAAGAUUUCUGAUGAAGAUGAAGAUGAGGUGGAGGAUGAAAAUAAAAAAAAAACUAAGAAGAAGUUUCAUGUAGCUGAACCUCAGAUGGGUGGUUUUAUUUUUCCGGGCUCGGAAGAACCUGUUGAAGAUGAUGGACAAGCUUCUGAGGGUGAACUGAUGUCUGAUCAGGAUGAUCAGGAUGAAGUUAUGACGCCGGGGACUAAAAAGAAGAAGAAUAAAAAAAAAGCGAGGAUUGUUAAAGACAGUGAUCAUGAUGAGUUUGAUUUUGAUGCUGGGUUGUCCAAGAAACAGAGGAGGCGGAGGAGAAAUUUUGAGGGGAAGAAAGAAGAUGAUGAUGGAGAUGCAGAGGGGGAUAUUAAGGAGAAGGAGAAGGAGAAGGAUAAGGAAGAGGAGCAGGGUAUAGAAGAUUUUGAUUUGGAAAGUCUGUCUAAGAAACAGCGGAGGAGGAGGAAGAAUUUAGAGGCGGGGAAACAGAAAGAAGAAACUAAGGUUCAGAGUAAAGAUGAUGAUGAUGAAAAGGUCAAGGAAAAAAUCAAGGGAAAGAAGGCUAAAGAAGCGAGAAAAUCGGGGAAGAAUAAAUUGAAGGAGGAUGUUGAGGAUAUUGAACAUUGCUGUGUUACUUGCAAAGCUGAAUUUCCGAUAAUAAAGUUUGCCGCAGAUUCGGCUAAAAAGAUAAUCCACCCAGCAGCAGACCGGAACAAAGAACCGAUCUUGAAUGUUCUUAAAAAAAUAAUAUGUCCUGGAGCAAAUCAAGUCUUCCUGGAAAUUUCUUCGGGCACUGGCCAGCACAUGGCUCACUUUGCCCCGAAUUUUCCUCAGGUAACUUUCUACCCCUCUGAGUACGAUCAGGAAUCGCUUGAGAGUAUUUCUACCUAUGUAUCCGGUUUUACGAAUGUCCACGAGCCGCUCCUCAUUGACAUCACGACAAACUACACCACUUGGGGUGAUGGAAUUUUCAAGAAAAGCAGCAUUGAUUAUAUCUACAACUCUAAUAUGGUUCACAUUUCACCGUUCGAGACUUCUGUAGGCUUGUUCAAAAAUGCUGGAGAACUUCUGAAGCCCAAUGGGACGCUUAUUACCUACGGGCCUUAUGCUGUAGAUGGGAAAAUCACUCCUGAGAGCAAUGUUCAAUUUGAUAAGACACUCAAGUCUAGGGAUCCUCGCUGGGGGAUAAGAGAUAUCAGAGAUUUGGAAAAGAAAAAUAAUUACGACAAUAAUCGACCAGCUUCUUGUGACCGAUAA